AGAGCCUCUCCCGCCAGACUGCGAAAGCUCCCCUUCGGUCGGUCCGCGAGCUCCCCAGGAUCGCACCCUGGCUGUCUUUCGCCUUUUACCUCCCUCUCCAGAUCCGAGGACGGCAGGCAGUGCCUGGGGCCACCCCGAUUUCCUUACCCACCAACUCUGCCCAGGCUGUAGCUCUGAAAUCUUGCCGACCCCCUUUGGGUCACUGGGCACCCCCCCCCCCUCACCCUCACACACCCGCGAAGGAGCCCUGGGUAGAUUCGGGAAACUUGUUGCUUAGAGCAGUUGGCCAUGAUGAUCCGAAGACCCUGAACUGGGCAUGCUUUGGUAGCAGCUACUGCUGUGUGUAACCUUGAAGGAGGCCCCCUGCAUUCAUUCCGGGUACAGCCUGAAGCUGGCCAGUUUCCUGUGCCAAAGCCUUCGACCUUGGAAAGAGCAGCGCAGUUCCAAACCAAAGUCUUGGAAGGAGGAGGGACCAUGGUUCAAACCUGUAACAAAGAGGCCUGCUGUCCAGCUGCCGGGCUCCCUUUUGGCCAGCAAGCAAGUCACCCCUCCACCUGCAGUGGCACCCGGCCUCUAGGAGCUGCUGACUAGCCUGGCUGAGUUGCUUCUAAGCCUUCCAAGCCUGAGUACAGAGAGAAGCCUGGGGAGGAGACAGCUGUGAAAGAGCAAGGAUAGUCCACCUGCCCCCUACCCAAGUUUUGGACAGCCUCCAUGCAUUCUGCCAGAGAGAAAAGAGACUUCUAAGAGUUUCUCAGAAGGGGCCUGCCAACUUCAGCAUCCCUGGCUCCCUUGGGGUGCUUUCUGUGCUGGUGACUGAACACAGGCAAGUGCUCUGCCAUGAAGCCACAAGUCCAGCUGGCCUUACUUUUUGGCAGACAAACAAGACAAUGCACUUUAAUUCUUAAGAUGAACUUAUUCUUUUUUUUUUUUUCUGUGUAUGAAUGUUUUGCCUGUAUGUACACCAUGUGCCUGCCGAGUUCAGGAGAAAAUGUCAAAUCCUUCUGGGACUGGAGUUACUGAUAGUUGAGAGCCACCCCGAGGAUGCUGGAAAUCAAACUUGGGACCUCUGCAAGAGCAACAAAUGCUCCUAACCACUGAGCCUCUUCCAAGAGAAUGAACUUUGAACAUCAGUACCUUCCUGGGCUGAGCAGCAAGGGAAGUCCUGUGAGCAGCAGACCAAUGUGUCCUGCUAAGCCAGAACUCUCCGCGGCCGCUGCCACCACCACCGUCUCCGCCUGCUGGUGGCCAGGGACAGUCACCUGGUAGCUCUGUGCAUCAGCCCCCUGGACUCUCAGGACCUGCACCGGAGCGCGCGGCAAACGAGAGAACAUGGCCGGGAGGCAGCAUGGCUCGGGGCGGCUCUGGGCGCUGGGCGGCGCCGCGCUGGGGGCUUGCCUGGCGGGUGUCGCCACGCAGCUGGUAGAGCCCAGCACCGCACCGCCAAAGCCCAAGCCGCCCCCACUGACCAAGGAGACUGUGGUGUUCUGGGACAUGCGCCUGUGGCACGUGGUGGGCAUCUUUUCGCUCUUCGUGUUGUCCAUCAUCAUCACGCUAUGCUGUGUCUUCAACUGCCGGGUGCCACGGACGCGGAAGGAGAUCGAGGCUCGGUAUCUACAGCGAAAGGCGGCCAAGAUGUACACAGACAAGCUGGAGACUGUGCCUCCCCUUAAUGAACUCACAGAAAUCCCUGGAGAGGACAAGAAGAAAAAGAAGAAGGACAGUGUGGACACAGUGGCUAUCAAGGUAGAGGAGGACGAGAAGAAUGAGGCCAAGAAGAAAGGAGAGAAAUGAGGGCGGCUUCCUGAGGUGGCAGCCGGGGCUGGCAGGCCCUGAAGCACAAGUUCAGGCCGGAUCCGGGCAUCAGGACUUCGUGUUCAUACAUGGACUGCAGAGGCGGUGGUCCAAGGGGAAGCCAAGGCCAUGGUCCGUUACCUCAUGGCCCAAAAGAUGUAGGGACAAGACUUCACUAGUGUCCAUCCUGGGCUCUGUUCCUGUCACAUCAUCCAUCUGGCACUUCUCAUUGGCCACUGUCCUUCCAUAGUUAUAGAGUGGCCUCAAACUCCUCUCCCCGUCCAGACAAGCUUCCAUCCCACCUUUCUUGCUAGGGGCAGAAGUGGCUGUGAAGGAGUCAGGGACUGGUCGUUUAGGAUGGCAAGACUGAACAGGUUGUCCAAAAACAGGGAGGGAGGGCUGGAGGGGGGCUUGUGAUGUGAGAGAUUCUCUGACAUAGCUAGAUAGCCGCCUCAAAUAGCAAGGAGAUUGCCCCAAGUUGGCUGCUAGGGUGGCCCCAUUAGCAGGAGAGUCCCUGACCUGGCAGAUACAAAGCUUUGAAAACAAGGUAACAGUGUGACAGACCUGAGGCCACUGAGGGGCUGGCAGGAGGCCCAGGGCCUGGCUCAGGGGUGGGGUCUAAAACACAGAGGACUGAAGUGAGUGAGCCUGGACCUCCUCAUGGGAAUCAAGAAAUACUUAAGUCGCAGGGCACCAGCGCGGACUACUACAGUUGCCUUUUCUAUGGCCAGGACUCUCUGAUGAUGGCAGCAGUCAGCCAUCUGCCUGCUGAACAUAGUGGUGUGUGGGUCCACUUCUGCCAUGUCCCUUACUAAAACAAAAAAAACAAAAAAAACAAAAAAAAAAUCUCUGCCAAGAAGAAAAUUGAAACGCUGGCUCUAGAGAGGAGAGAUCUACAAGGCGCUUCCAGCAUCAAAAUGAGGAGCUCUGACCAGAGCUGGGGACUGAGACCCUGGGAAGACUUUCCAGGUGGAAAGCCUGCUAAAAAGGUAUCCGGAGGAAAUUUGUAAAUAAAGCUGGGUGCCUUCUCAGGCCUAGACAUAGAAAACUUCAUCCUGAGAUGGAAUUCCACCCCGGCCCCAUGCUUUGUCAGGCCCUUGGGGACUCCUGUAGAAGUGACACAACAAUACAUAAUAAAAGGCGCCUCAGACAA